CAAUAAGCGCGCAAUCAUCCUGAUCACCAAAGUCGUCUGCACUACCAAUCAUUUGUUUUUUGUACAUUCUCGUUUCGCCUAAAGGAUCUAAACCUGAUAUUCAAUAAAGAGAUCGAUUCCUAAAGUGCGAUUGAUGGAAGUCUACAACAACAUCUAACGAUCACAGCGGAGUUAAACGUAAAUACAGCACACCACUCGGAACACUCGGAUUAAAAUAACAUCAAUAUACAUUACCGCCUGUAAACUGUGUUCAUAAAGCUGAAGCGAGAAAACAAGACUUAAGAUGGCCGGCGGUUUCGGAGCAGCUUCCUUGCCCCUUAUUUCGGCGAUCGCGUUGCUUGUGGGAGCUGUUUUUCUUAUCCUUGGGUUCGCAGCGCCUAACUGGGCUAACGACGGGGUCCACCAUGUGGGGCUGUGGCGGUAUGGACGAUGCGUGCUAGACACCCACAAGGGAUGUUACGCCCAAGACCAGCCUAGUAUAGAGGGUGUACCGGUAUGGCUGCACGUGGUACGCGCGCUGGAGUGCACGGCGGUGAUUCUGGUGUCCAUCCCGUUGGUAAUCCUUCCCGUGUACAUGUACGUGGCUCUCGGCAUGUAUUACCGCUGCAUGAUGGGAACAAUGUCCGCCAUGUGCCUCUUUUCAGCAAUAACCGGAAUCAUUGGCGUGAUUGUCUACUCGGUUAACAUGACGAAGAACGGGUGGACCAUUGAGUGGGCGCUCAUCAUGAGUAUCGUGGGCAGCGCGAUCAUCUUUAUCGGUUUCCUUGUGCUGCUCGUGUCCAUGAUCUCCAAGAGACCAGAAAGCGUCCGGGAGCCUUGGUACCCCACUACAAUAUAUGUGGACCCGAAGAAAAACCGCCUUUACACUAUUCAGCUUGAGGAGGAGGAUUAAGGGGGGACUGGCGCCGGGAUCGGGUUGGGUGAGGGAGGGUGAAAAUGAAUAUUAGGGGUAUAUUGCUAGCGUCGGAUACAGUACUGUUGUUGCCAAUCGGUUCUUUUGAGGACUUCCCAUGCAACGAUAGAGCAUUGACGACUGUAAAUAAGAUAAACAAUGUAAUCUGAUUUCGAUUCUGAUCUGAUGGUUUUUCCUAUUUUGAUGAAAAGUUUUACCUGCUUAUCGAUGUAUAUGCGAGUGACCAUAUGCCGAAUCUUGCAUGUAAAUAGUCACGUAUAUAUUUGUGAUAUUUAAUGUUUUUACCGUUUUUACCGGGACGGUUUUGCUUUGUAUUUGUUCUUGUUUUAGAUACUCUUAUAUCAAAUUACACAUGACGUUGUGUUUUUAAUUGAUUGUAUCCCUGUAGACAGCCAGACCAUUAUAUUAGAAUGUAAGAUAUUUCAUUCCGUUGCCAUGACUUCUCAAAUCAAACAAAAACUCCAGCAGCUGAUUAUUUGCAGUGAAUAAAUCCUCGCAUAUAAAGUACUCGAUAUUUAAAAAGUAAAUGAAAUGAUCAGCAUACAAUUAAACAAUUUACAAUCAUUAAUUCGUCACUCCCUGUAACACCAUUCUAAAAUUCGUCGUUCUGUCUGAUUGUCCGUCUGUCUGUCCAUCUUUCAUCCUGUUAUAUCAAUCAAUCUUCGUAAUAAUUUAUGUCUCUGCAAAAAGGAAUACGUCGAAUCGAACCGUGGGAAAUUCCUGUGUUGAGUUCCAGGUUAAGUUGCUAUUACGCAGUUUCUGAAAAAUCGCUCUUUGUUUGAAACGUUUCUCCAUGCAAAAGAUAGGUUUAUGUUAAAAAUAAAUAUUACGUUUGUAUACUGCCUUUCUGGUUAAAUGGGGAGAAAAAUGAGUGUUUCGACAUACAUAUCUAGUUGCUGUAUAAUAUCAUUACCCGGAAAGUGUCCUAGCAUAGAAAUUCAGUUUUAUCAGCUAGACAGGAUAUGUGAGGUUGAAGAUCAAUAUUUGUUAACAUAUAUUUUAUAUCACCAAAUAAACACUUUCGUUUGUU